AUGCGAUUCUGCAGCAUGAAGAGCUCUUAUUUUCUUUUUUUGGUGUCUGCAUUCUGUGUCACUGCAGUUGAAAGGAUUUUAUUCAGUGUAGAAGAGGAGGAAAAGCCCGGUAGUCUUGUUGGAAUACUCCUUCCAAAGUUGUCAAGCCGCUUGAGGAGCUACAAAGAUCGAAUGAACUUCCAGAUCAUUCAGAAGGGAGACUCAAAGUACUUUCGAAUCACUCCUCAGGACGGACGCAUCACGUUGGCCCAAGUGAUAGAUCGAGAAUCGCUUUGUCAUUCUACGAAUACACACGGUGCACCUCACUCCUUAUCAAGUGCUGAAGGUCAAUGUCAACUUCGGUUUACCGUCAGUAUCCUCCGCCAGGGGACCUCAGAGAUCAUGGAAAUGGUUCAAGUCACUGUCAAUGUUCUCGAUGUGAAUGAUAACAACUGUAAAUUUGAACCUUCGGAUAAGCAGACAGUGUACAUUCCAGAAGACACUUCCGUGGAUUCCAAUUAUCGAAUUCCUUUGUACAUUCCUUCUGAUCCAGAUGCUUCGAUAAUGAAUCGCAUUGAUCCCAGAAGUAUUGCACUCAAGUCUGCUGAUGACAUUGACAGUGCCCGCUACUUCAAUCUUCACGUCACCGAAACGAGUUCUACGGACAAACCAGCUACCUUGCAUCUGUUGCUUACAAGGAAAUUGGAUUACGAGACUCUCUCGAUCCAUAAGUUGGUGGUCACGGCUAGUGAUGCCAGUAGACGGAGCGCAUCUACCUGCAGCCUCCAGCUGACGGUCCAGGUCGUUGACGUAAACGAUCAUCCUCCGAGGUUCGCGAAGAAACGCGUCCAUUUGAGCCUAAAUGAAAACACUCCUGUGGGCUCCUUGGUGCACCAGCUCCAGGCUAUUGACCAGGACAAGGGCCUAGUAUUCAGCAAACUCAUUUUCUCUCUUGAGACUUACACCCCAGAUGAUGUGACCUCUUAUUUUGAUGUCCAUCCAUUCAAUGGCUCAGUGCUUUUAAAACAACGCUUAUCAUACAGAAAAAAACGAAAGUUCGAGUUUUCUGUGGUGGUUCGAAACCCAACUGAUGCUGAAAUUAUUACAAGAUCCAAUGAUGGGAAGCCUCAAUUGAAAAUUUCGAGGGAUAUUCAAGUGGAGACAACAAUGCACGAUGUAUCCCAGAUUAUUAUUGACGUUAUUGAUGUUAAUGACGAGGCUCCUGCCAUAUCCUUUUACGCUCCUGAUGGUCAGAGUGAAUUAUCAAUUGAGGAGAACACUGCCCUCUUACCAUCCGAUUUUGGUGUAGUAAGUGUGACGGACGGAGAUUCUGGAGAUAAUGGAAAGGUGGAGUGCGCUCUUGCUGAUAACGUCACUGAUUUCUUUCGUCUUGUCAAAAUGACGUCUGGUGAUGGUAUGACAGAAGAUGGCAGGGAAGCUUUGUUUAAGCUGUCGGCAAUUCACAAUUUCGACAGGGAAGAACAAGUUACAAUGGCUCUUGCAAUAUUUUGCCGAGAUUUUGGGGUGCCCCCAAGAAAUUCUUCAAAAAAUCUCGUAGUACAAAUCCGAGAUAUCAACGACAAUUCCCCAGUCUUCGAUCAGGACUACCUUGAACUAAACGUUACUGAAGACAGCGACCCGUCUAGACAAAGUAACAACUACGUAAUAGGUCGCGUUCUGGCACAUGACCUGGACGAAGGCGCCAACGCUGAGAUCGCUUAUGAUUUGAUUCAAUCAAACGUUCCAAAUUUAUUUACAGUCGAUCCAAAGACAGGUGUUUUCAGCUCAAAUGGAGAGUUGGAUCGUGAAACGAAUGAUCAGCAUCAGUUUCUAAUCGUCGCCAAAGAUUCCGGAACACCGCAGCUAUCGUCGUCGAUUAUUGUAACCAUUCAUGUGCUAGACUUCAAUGACGAGCCACCCGUUUUCGCCCUGCCAGAUUUUGAAUUUUCGGCUACUGAAGGAGUAAAGAGGAAUACGCUCAUAGGGAUAGUUAACAUUACUGACGCAGACUUGGGAGUCAAUCGGGAAUUAAGCUUCAGAAUCCUGACAAAUGACUUGCCUGCGCAUUAUCCAGUUACCUCAAGUGAAAGCUUGCAACACUAUACCUGGAGAAACGAACAGACAGCAUCAUUGCCUUAUCGCUUGGAGUCCCGAUUCAAUCAAAUAAAAAAUGGAUACGAGGUCAGCAUUUUCACCGAUGGUGAGUUGCAUGCAGAAGCGGGGACGCAUCAUAUGGAGUACGCCGACAACGGGUCCCAAGCAACCUCUUUCCAUUCUUUUUACAUUGUGGCAGAGGAUGGCGGAACUCCGAAAAGAAUAUCGAGAGCUCGUAUUAUUGUUCGCCUACUUGAUAUAAACGAUAAUGCACCUGUUUUCAAUUUCCCCUCAGAGAAAAAUGCAACCGUUAAUGUAUCAUGCAAUGAAUACGUGGGAUAUCCUUUCACUCAGCAUAGGUCUGAUUUGUGCCCUAGACGCUGCAAACUCAUGAAUGAGGCGCAUUCCUCGUCUCAAAUGGUAGCCCGACUGGAGUACGCCGAGGUCUGCGCAAUCUAUCAUAACCAUUUGCUCAUCCAUAUGUGUGACCAUCAACAGGAUCGGCUUUCGGCAGUGUGCCAUAUAUAUGACUCGGUGUUAGCCACUGAUGCUGAUGCUGGAAUCAAUGGAACCGUACAGUACUAUCUCGGAAAUUCCCAAGCUGCUCUAAGCCUUCCUGACUACUCUGAGCAGACACUGUUCCAAGUUAAUCGUACCAACGGGCAAAUUUCCUUGAAAAAGCCCCUCUCCCUCUCGGAUGUGGGGCAUGAAUUUACCGUAUACAUAGUUGCCAGUGAUAUGGGCGCAGAGCCUCUUCAGACACAGGCGAUGCUCACUGUACUGGUGGACAAGUCGAUACCGAAGGGUACAAGUACCGUCAGGCCCUCAGACCCGUCAGAACCCAGCAAAUCCAUCUCUGACUCCAUGAUUAACCUCUUCAUUAUUAUCUUCAUCGUCGCUGCGGCCUUCAUAAUAGCAACGGUGCUUCUCACCGCUGUCUGCAUUGUCCUCAGUAAAUCUCGUCAAAACUCGGCCAGUUUGCAUGCAUUGCAAGAGGGAAUCCUUAUUUUGAUUUCCACGACCGCAUAUGCAUGGAUUUAUGCACGAAUUGCGGUUAGACUGUUGGGGAAUCGGUGCUUUGUUAUAACGGCAAUUGUCCUGCCCGUAUCACUUACUUCAGCUAAGAAACACAGCACUCCUAUCGCAACUGAUGACCUCCUGCAAGACCCAAACAACGUCCAUAUUCUACCUGACCUUGGGCCAUUGCCGGCAUCCUACGCGCUGGUACAUUCAGAAGGUAAGGUAUACCGAGCAAUCCCUCUUGUCUCUACGGCUCGCUGGUCUCCCACCUCCUCCUCUGCUGCCACUGUCGUCUACGCCACUAUUAAUCCAAUAAUGAGUGCCGUUGCGGACGAAUUUGGUGCACCAUUGAGUGGUCGUCUUGCCACUGAGGCUAUCGGUGAAGCGCACGGGAGUGAGUUGCCCCUCCUCGUUUCCUCCGUCACAAACACCGUCGCUGCCGACCGCACCAUUACCUCGCGGGGCGGUCUCAGCAGUUCUCCUAUCGCUCGUGUUGCGCGGCCAACCCAUGGUCUUUCACCAGCCUGUGAAGACGCCAUCUGGGUGGGGAGUCAAGAGGAACUCUUUGAUAAGCAUGAAUGUCGAAGAUUUGGACAAGAAGAAGGAAUUCGUGAAGCAGAAUAUCGUGGCAGCCGUCAGGAUCCAUCAGCACCGCUGAAUCGUGACUAUUUGAUAUCAAAUUAA